AUGGAUCCAAGAGUGUGGAGGAUGCUCGCCCUGCUCGGUGUGUUUGCAGUCUUACUGGAGGUGGUGGAGCUCUUGUUGGGCCUGAGGAAUCAGUGCUCAUGGCUUGGAGGAGAUGUGGAGGCCAAGUUGGUUCCUCUGUCCUGCUCCGAGGGCUUCACUGAGCUGGGCUAUUACAACGGCACAGUUUCUCAGACCGACUCGGGUUCACCCUGUCUAAAGUGGACCGAAUUCCCAGAUUACAUGCAGCAGUAUCCGGGCAGGGGUCUUGGAGAGCACAAUUUUUGUCGAAAUCCUGACCGUGAGUCCAACCCAUGGUGUUUUUUCAGGCAGAGUUCAGGGGCCAUUGGUUGGGCCUACUGCGACUGCCAUCAAGGAGCAGUCAGGUUAGCAGGAGGUUCAUCCCCAAAGAGUGGCCGACUGGAGGUCUACCUGAAUGGCCAGUGGGGGUCGGUUUGUGACACACACUGGACAGACCAUGAUGCUAGUGUGGUUUGCCGACAGCUUGGACUGGGUGAGAUUGGCACGGCUCUCCAGCACUCAUAUUUUGGCCCCGGCUCCGGGCUUUUUCACUACGCCCGCCUUGGCUGCCGUGGUGAUGAGAAAUCCCUGCUGGAUUGCAGAAGCAGGAAGUUUGUUACGAGUGACUGUAACCAUGGAAACGAGGCCGUAGUGGUGUGCGCACCACCUGAAGGUAAUGGACCGCCGCUGCGGUUGGUUGGUGGGGAGGAGGACUUUGAGGGACGAGUUGAGGUCUUCCAUAAUGGGCACUGGGGGACCAUUUGCGAUGAUCAGUGGGAUGACAUGGAUGCUGAGGUGGUCUGCAGGCAGCUCGGAUUGGGUGCUCUUAUCUCGAUGAGAGGAAGAUUGGGUGAUAACCCAUGGGAAGGUCGUCUGGAAGUAUAUCACUCUGGGGACUGGGGCACGGUGUGUGAUGACAGCUGGACGGAGCAGCAUGCACAGGUGGUCUGCAGACAGCUGGGAUUCAGGGGUGGUGCAGAUGUCGCUCCUGCUGGCGCUUUCGGAGAAGGAACAGGGCUGAUUCUGCUUGACGAUGUGGAGUGUGAAGGCAGUGAGAGCUCUUUGCUGGAGUGUAAACAUAGUGUGUGGGGUCGACAUGAUUGCUCUCAUAACGAAGAUGUUGGAAUACUCUGCCACAGGGUAGAAAACAAUGAGGUCCCACUGGCUCCAGAAAGUACUGGACCUCUGGUACAAUUGGCAGGUGGCGACAAUAGAAAAGAGGGCAGAGUGGAGGUGUUUCUUAACGGAGAGUGGGGCAGCGUCUGUGAUCAUGGCUGGAAUGAUGUCAAUGCUGCCGUCGUCUGCAGACAGCUCGGAUUCACUGGGGUGUCAAAAGCACGACCGAUGGGUUAUUUCGGAGCAGGGAAGGGGACCAUCCAUCUGACCAAUGUGAGGUGCACUGGGAAGGAGUCGCUCCUCGGAGAGUGCCCUUAUAAAGGACAAGACAGCUACGCUUGUAAGCAUGGACAGGAUGCAGGUGUGGUGUGUGAUUAUUUGCCAGAGCCAGAGGCUGACAUAGCAGUGGUGGGCACACACACCUGCGGUUUGAGAGCCGGCGCUGAGAGACGCAGCAAGAGGAUUGUUGGAGGAUAUAAAUCUCUCAGGGGUGACUGGCCCUGGCAGGCGUCCCUGUGGCUCAGAUCUCAAUCUAAAGGGAAUCAGCCUCUGUGCGGAGCCACUCUCAUCAACUCCUGCUGGCUGCUCACUGCAGCUCACUGCUUCAAACAGUUUGGAAGUGAUGCUUCAUGGUACGUGGUGAAGCUCGGGGAUUAUAACACACGGGAGCAGGAUGAUUUUGAACGUGUCCUCUCUCCAGAGCGCAUCGAAGUGCACAAGAAGUACCGAACAGAGAGCUGGGAGCAUGACGUGGCUCUGAUCCGGCUGAAGGGCGCUGAGGGGAAGUGCGUGUCCUUUAACCCUCAUACUAAUGCCGCCUGCCUGCCUGCACCUGGAAGCAAGUGGGGCAAGAGACCUGCAUCAUGUGUCAUCACUGGCUGGGGAAUGACAGACACUGAGCAUCCCAGCACUCUUCUUCAGGCCUGGGUACCUCUUCUGCCCUCGUGGCAAUGUAAGAAGCGUUACGGCGAGCGUUUCACUAGCCACGACAUGCUGUGUGCUGGCAGUAUGACAUCUGACCUCAGAAAGCAUGCUGACAGCUGCCAGGGCGACAGUGGGGGUCCGCUAGUGUGUCAGGGUGAGGCAGGGCGCUGGGUACUGACAGGGGUCAUUUCCUGGGGUCACGGCUGUGGUGACCCUUCGUACCCAGGUGUAUAUUCACGGGUCAGCCGCUAUCUGCCCUGGAUCGAACAGGUGACGCACAGCACCGCCCCUCUCCAGCACUGAAGCACAACUCUCUCCGAAAACCACCUGCCCGUCACACUUCAGAGAACCAGGACUCUGUGAAAGGAAAAACAAGAUCCUGAGAGUGUUUGACACCUGCUAUAAGCUUUGAACACCCUGGAUCUUAAUUCCUCUGUAUUCUGUACAGUUCAGUUUUAUGUCUUUAGCAUUUAAUUUAGAGAUUAGGAUCUGUCCUUACUCGCAGAGUCUGUGAAGGUUGACACUGUAGAAUGACCAGUGUGAUGGUAAAUGGACAGUUUACCUCCACAUUAAAGUUUUGUCAUCAUUUACCCACACUCUAGUUCCAAACCCAUAUAAACGAUGACGGAAUUUACAUUUUUGGGUGAACUGGCCCUUUAAAAGAGUGUGAUUCUAGUGUGCAUUUAAAAUGUUUAGUGCCGUCCAGAGGCUGCAGUGCAUGUCAAUGUAUGUAUUGUAUUUAAAAGUCAUUCGAUGCAGCUGCCCAGGCCUUCUGCAUGGUAGAGAAUGGUAGCAUAAGCUCUGCAAAAGCAGGUUUAUUUCUUAUUCUGUGGGGCAGAAGAAAACUGAAUGGAUUCCUCUACUAUCCUUAUUUAACAGAAGGCUUGAACUCCUCCACUAAUCUUCAAGGAAACAUUUUCAGUGUUGUGGAUUAGACAAGUAAAAUGAAUCACGUAGGCUUUUUUUAGAUAGCAACAGUCGAAGUGAUCUUUAAAGCCAUGUGUCUUCUAGAUGUGUCAUACAUCUAAUGCAGUUAGAAGUUUUGAUUUUAAUCAUGUACAGUCAAUCAUAA